AUGCACCUCUCCCCCCUCUCCCUAACCCUUCUCUUAACUCUCCCAGCCCUAUCAACCGCCAGCCAAGCCGAUCCAACCCUCGGCUCCACACUGAACGUAACAGUACUCGGCGCGCGCCACAACCGCUCCACGCUAGAAUGCUGGGCUCUUCAGCCUGGUUUUGAGACUUCGGCGCAGGCCGGCACGUCGGGCUCUUCGGUUUUGGAUAUGGGGGUUGCGACUGGAAAUGCUUCCUUCACGGCUAUUGCGGCAGGAUUUGAUGGGGGUCGGCAUAAUGCGCCUGCUUUGCAAUGGGUUGUCUUCCUUUCUGGCUUGGCGCAUAUCACUCUGCCCAACUCGACCGCCGAGGCUUGGAUUGAGGGUGGGAAGAAUGGUGCACUUCUAGCGCUUGAUACUGCUGAUGUCAGUGCCUUGGGUCACUAUACUGUUUACCCUUCUAAAGAGCGGACUGUUGCUUUGCAGAUUCCUCUUGGGGAAGAUGGAAUUCCUAAUCAUCACGUGCUGCAUGGAGGAGCGUGUCAGGGAGAUGAGUUGCUGGACUAA